CUCACCCGGAUGUGUGACGUCAUAUAACUGAGACGAUGCUCUCUCUGAGGACAUGACUUUUUGAAGUGUCGAUUUUAUAAACGUCUUGUGAUUAAACUGACGCCAUAUUUUCACAAUGUUAGCUUGUAAACGGAGCUUGACCGGAACUAUGCUCUCUGCUCUCCGGGGUCUUCGCAGUAAUCAAGUUGUUGUGUCUGGCCGUGUGCAGCAGAGAUGUCUGUCCACACACACAGACGGAGAGGCCCGCAUCAGAAACGUACUGAAGGAGAAGUUUCCGUUAGCUGCAUCGCUCAAAGUUGUGGAUAUAUCGGGUGGUUGCGGGGCCAUGUAUGAGAUCCAUAUAGAGUCGAGUGAGUUCAAAGGAAAAAGGACCAUCCAACAACACCAAUUAGUCAAUCAGGCACUCAAGGAAGAGAUUCAAGGAAUGCAUGGACUGCGAAUAUUCACUGAUAUUCCAAAAGAUUAGAGAAAGCCCUUCACUGUUGACCCACACCUUUUUCCUUCGAUUACCUUAUCUAUUACGAAUGUACAGUUUUAAAGAGGAUAUUUUGUAUUUACUCAAUUCCAUGAUAAUUGUUAAUGUGUCAGUGGCAGAAAAGAAGAGGCACAUUAACAAUGUGAAAUGUGUAUAAAUGUAAGAUUACACUAAAUUAUCUUUUUCUUUUAAGCUAGUGAGAUAUCUUCUACUUUGAGAUAGUAUAUAAAACUGGUGAAUGCUACAAUACGCACAAAAUGACUUGGUAGGAUGCCAAGUCAUGUAGGUUUUUGCCCAUUGACAGGUCUUCUCAGGGUUGAUAGUAAUGAUAAGCAUUUGAGGAAGUAAUAAAGACAACCGUCCCGAACAUUGGAGAUUACUACAGACCCUUGUUUGCGGAGCAUAUUUUACAUUUAUUAUUGCAAUGUAACAUACACUGUGAUCACAAUUUAUGUGUUACUGUCCAAUAAAAGUUGACUAAGUUUAAA